AUGGUUUUAGACACUGUUGUUUACCACCCCACACUGGAUAAGGUUAUCCAGUAUCUGGACAGCUCGGCAGGUAGAGACAAAUUGCUCCGUCUGUUGCAAUAUUUAACCAAGUUUGUCUCUUUCUACCUGAUCAAGAAUGGACAUUCAAUUGUUACUGCCCAGACAGUACGCCGAAUAGAGGCUAUUGCAACCUUGAACAGGAAGGCUCUGAGAUUCCUCAAGCCCCUGAACCACCUCAAAUCUGCUUCGGCAACUUUUGACAAUAAACUAACCGACAAGGUCACCAGAUAUUCACAGGUGUUGCGAGAUCUCGGCUACGCUGUCUACCUGGCAUUGGACUCUGUUUCCUGGUUCAAGCAGCUCGGUAUCUCCUCCACUAAAAGACUGCCUCAAGUUCAAAAACUGGCCUCAUUAUUUUGGUUCGUCGCCGUUGUCGGUGGAGCAGUCAAUGAUCUGAGAAAGAUCAGAUUGUCUCAACAGAAAGUGGCCUCUCUCAAACAAGAGCUGGUUGUCACUUCAGACAAGGAGGGAGAACAAACAGUCUCCAAGGAGACCAUCAACUUAAUCGAGUCAGAAUCCAAACUGAUUGGUAGCACGACAAUAACUCUUAUCAGGGAUCUGUUGGAUGGUUAUAUCGCUCUUAACGGCUUUGCCUUACAAAACAAAGAUGAGAAGGUUGGAUUGGCCGGUGUCAUUUCCUCCUUGAUAGGAAUUAGGGAUGUCUGGCAGGGAAAAUACAUCAAUGAAUGA